AUGAAACUACGAUCGAACAGAGUAAUUUAUAGACUCAUCACAACAAAUGAGCAAGCUUAUUUUAAAAAGAAUUUCUUCAGCUGUUUCAAGGCUGGAAAAUGUAUUAAUGACAGACCCUAUGAUGUACGAGGUAAGCAAAUUUCCAUAUUUGUAAAUACAAAUUUGCAUAAAUGGAAAUAUGAAACAAGUGAAGUUCAAAGGAUAAGGAACACCAGAUAUGGAUCUUUUGACCACCAUUACCAUGGGUUCCAAGAGAGAAAAGUUUUAGACGUAGCCAAUAAGUUCUUCUCAAGAAAAGAAAAAAUUCAUUUUGAUACAAAAAAUGUAAGAAAAAAAAUAUUCACUACAAAGGUACAAACCGAUAAAGAUAUAAGAAAUGACUCACAGACACAUACAAAUGAAGAAAGUACAUGCUUUUCCCAACACAAUAGAACUAAUCACAAUGAUGAAAUGGAAAAUACAAAUGGAAAAUUUUCCAAAGGUGUCGACUCACCUACAAAUGGCACUCACCACACGAACGGUGUUAGCUGCAUGAAAGAAGAACAUGUAAACAUGAUACAAAUGAUGAAGAAGAAAAAAAUAAAAACGGCUGAAAAGGAAGAAGGGAAAAUAAUAAGAAUGUGCAGCAAAGGAGCUAAUGGAAUGAAAUUAAUUUUUUCUUUUUUUAAAAAAUUUGGAAAACAAAUGAAAAUUAUCAUUUUACAACCAUCUAUGUUAAAAGUAUAUUAUAGUGAUUUGAAAAAGAAUAUAAAGCAUACAGUAGUGUGGGUAAAAACAGGAGUGCUUCUUUUCCUAACGAAUAUGAAAAUUUCGAAAAAUUUAAUUAUAAAAAGAUUAAAAGGACAUAGAUUGUCUUAUUCAGAAUAUAAAUUACUAAUCAGAACAAUGAAUGAUAUGUUUAAAUUGAUUCCAUUUUCUUUUUUUAUAAUUGUUCCAUUUGCUGAAUUUUUACUUCCUUUAUUUUUAAAAAUAUAUCCCAAUUUAUUACCUUCCACUUUUAAAAAUAAUGAUGAUAAUUUUAUGAAUAUAAAAAAAAAUUUGUAUGCAAAACAGCAGCUAGCCAAAUUUUUGCAACAGUUAAUUGAAGAGAAAGAAAAACAACUAAAUGAAAAUAUAGGAAUCGAUUCAGAAAAAAAAAAACAAAUAUUAAUCAAAUUUCAUCAACAAUUAAUUAAUAAAGAUGAAAAAGAUAUAAACCCAUUUUUGAGCGUAGCAGAUACAUUAAAAAUAGCAAAAAUAUUUAAAGAAGAUUUUGUACUUGAUCAAAUGAACCUCAAGACAUUACAAACUAUUUGUCAUUUGCUGGGACUCAAACCAUAUGGAAUACAUUACCAUGUUGUGUUACAAUUGAGACAUCAUUUUUUGCGAUUACAAAGAGAAGACAGAGAACUGAUAUAUGAAGGCGUAGAUAAUCUAAAAAAAAACACAUUAAUAGAAAUAUGUAAAGACAGAGGUAUGAAUUUUAACACCACAGAAAAAGAAAUGAAACUCCAAAUACAGCAGUGGUUAGAGUUAGCCAGCAUUAAAGAAGUACCAUACAUUUUACUUCUGUAUAUUCGAUGUGUCGUUGUUACACAUGCUAUUAUGGAUAUACAAGAUGAAAAUAAGGUUAACAGUGCGACAAGUGAAAAAGACACAAAGAACUCGAAUAUGGAUGACAAACAGAAGCUCAUACAAGAAGCCAAAGAAAAAUUGGAUGAUUUAAAAAUGAAGGAACAGGAAAUUAAAAAAAAUAUUAAUAAAGAAACUAACGAAGAAGAAGUUCUUCCACAGCACAGCGAAAAUAAAAUCAAAAUGGAUUUUCUCAAAAAAAACAAGUACCUUCAGAAUGAACUCAACAUGUUGAAACAGAUUUGCGAUUUGCAGCACACGGAACUGAAAAUCGCUUUUACAUCUUUAACAGACCUUGCGGAGAGGAAGCAGUCAUAUGACAUCAACGAAGUAAUAAAAAAUAUGUCCCAAAGACUUCUAGACAUAGAGAAGCAUAUAAGCGAAUUGAAUGCACACAAGCAAGUAGAAAUGGAUGAAUAUUUCUACCCAGAAGAAGAAAAAGCCGAUGACGUGGUGGAUGUAAAGAACUAA